AAUCAGGCAAGAUAUCACUCCGUGAGUUAAGAUAUUCUAUUCUACAGGUACUGCAGAAGGAUCGACCAAAUUCGAGCUUAAGAUUCGCUCGCUCGAUUUCCGUCUCAUUUACUUUCCAGAGACCAUGAGUUCCUCGAUUUCGAAUCUGCUUUUGUUUCCGUUCUUAUUGUUAGUUGCGUUCAACUUCAGGUGGGUUCAGGGUUCAGCAGAGACCUUGAUAGAAGAGGCAAUUGAAGAGAAUGUUCGGCGAAAUCCUGACGCAGCCGAGGGGUCGAACGAUAAGUUAUCAGUCGAAUGCCCUCCGCCGUAUUUUCGAGUCAUGUCGGAGUGUUUUUACGUGCACACAAAUCACCAUCUCCCCUGGACCCAAGCAAGGGCAUUUUGCCAAGGAAUGGCAGGAGACUUGGCCCAGCCACGUUACCUCAACGCCCUCCUUGCUGUAGUGGCAGAGAAGUACAAGUCGGGUCCAUCCCACCUGUGGCUCGGAGCAUCAGACCGAGAGAUCGAAGGAACCUUUCGGUGGCUGUCAGGAGAAGUCGUGACAUCCGGAUGGCGAGAGAACCAGCCUGACGACGCCGAAGGAGAUGAGGAUUGCCUUGAGAUGUGGACUGCAAAGUUUCCGAGUCUCAGCGAUAAGCAAUGCCAUUUGAAUUGUGCCUUCAUCUGCCAGUACAUGUAAAGACGUGCUUUACAGGGGAGGGGUGUAAGAAUGUCAGUGUAAUCCGAUAUUCUGACCAGUAGAUGUGAUAAAUAUAGCUGUUAUCUAGGGAGACAGGCUACUUAAAAAGAUAACAGUCCCCACAGUGUGAAUAAAUAAAAUGCAUCCCCCUAAAAUAAAUGUUCAUUGUUUUUUCUAAUGGAAUAUAUCAUCACUGAAUUUUAAA